GAUGGGAGCUUGACUCGCAGCUCCGGUCUCGCAGCAGCAGCAGCAGGUCUGCCCGGUCGGUCGGUCCGGCGGAGGGACGGAUGGUCAGCGGACACAUCAGCGGACCUGAUUGAAGACAGUUCGUCACUCAGACCUGCCAGGCCAGAAGUGAUGAUGUCGUCAGACAUUCUGGAGCAGAGUGAUGAUGUCAGCGUCCUGCCCCCCCCUGAGGUGGAGCCCCCCCGGGAGGAGGACGGCCCCUGCCCCCUGCCCUUCAGACUGUGGUCUAACGAGAUGUGAUGUGAUGUCCUGCAGGCUGCAGCUGAUCGACGACCUGUCCUACGAGGACGUGAAGAAGUGUUACAGAGGAUCAACCGUCAGCAAGUACAACUCUCAGUACCACAAGCUGUUCCAGACGGUUCCCAAAGAGGAGAUCCUGAUGAAAGUGUAUUCGUGUGCGUUGCUGAGAGACAUCCUGUUGCAGGGACGACUCUACAUCUCCAGAAACUGGCUGUGUUUCUACGCUAACCUGUUUGGUAAAGACAUCAAGGUCUGUAUACCAGUGGUGUCAGUUCGGCUGGUGAAGAAACACAAGACGGCCGGCCUGGUGCCCAACGGCCUGGCUAUCACCAUGGACACGGGACAGAAGUAUGUGUUUGUCUCCCUGCUGUCCAGAGACAGCGUCUACGACGUGCUCAGGAGGAUCUGCACUCACCUGCAGGUGGAUGGGAAGAGUCUGAGUCUGAAGCAGUACCUGGAGGAGCCCAGCUCCCUGUCAAUGGACGAGUAUCCUGAGGUGCUGAAGUGGAGGAGGAAGCCGUCGCUCCCCGCCGUCUCCUCGUCCCUCCCAGACCUGCUGGGAAACUCGUCCCCCAGCCUCACCGCAGAAACAACCUUCAGCACGCACACACUCACAGACAGCAGUUUGGAAACAGAGAAGAUCCUGCUGACAGAACCAGUACCUGAACUUGGCCACAUGGAGUACCAGCUGCUGAAACUCUUCAUCCUGCUUGUCUUCCUGUUGGUCCUGUCGUCCUGCUAUCUGGCCUUCAGAGUCUGUCGUCUGGAGCAGCAGCUGAGCUUCCUGAGCAGCCAACCAACACUGAGAGAGAAGUACACACACACGCACACACACACACACACACACACAUCUGGAAGGACGCUCUCUGACAUAAUGCAUCCAAGCUGAAUCUGCUUCCUGUCUGACCAAGUGAUGUUCAGGUGGAUGUUGAGUACAGAGCUGGAGUCAGGGUGUUAGCUUAGCUUAGCAUAGAGGCUAGAAGUAGAGGGAAACAGCUAGCCUAACGUGUGAUUUAUUUCAUCUGGACGCAAACAGAAAUGCAGAAAUCACUUUAUACAAUUUAAAGGAGGUGUUACAUACUGGAACUUCUUCAUUGAUAACCAUGAAUCCAUAGAAAUGGCUCCAAACCAUUCAUCUGACCCUGACAGCCUGAGGCUUCUUCAAAUGUUCAUCAUCCAACACAGAACUCAUCAAACCACACACUGCUCUUUUUAGAUUUCUGUUUUGUUCAGAUUAAACAAACGAGACACCAGGAGGCCAGCUGCUUCCCUCUGCUUCCAGACUUUAUGCUAAGCUAAGCUAACCACAUCCUGACUCCAGCACACAGACAACAGACUGAUCUGAACAUUUCCAAACUGCUGAACUUGGGUUUGGAAAGUUAACUGGUGGUUCCAUUUCCAGGUGUGGUGAAGUGCCCUGCUGGCUGGCCAAUCAGAGGACAGGAACUUGACGCUGAAGCCAAUCAGGGGGUACAGAAGAAAGCUGCGCUUACAUAGAAUUCCCAUUAGGGGGCAGCAGUGAAAGGAGUCAGCUGUCAGGAGCAGAAAGACGACUGCAGCAGCUGAUGAACCUGGUUACCGUAGACAUGUCACAGUAGUCAACAGAAACAGUAGCAUGACCUUUGACCUCUGAGGAUGACGUGUGGGCGAGCGGAGGUCACACAGAGGUCAGGACGCUGGAGAAACGACAACAUGCUGUAACAUAAGCAGUGUGUGUGUGUGUGUGUGUGUGUGUGUGAGAACUUGUACUAACACACACUGACUGUUUGUGGUGCAGGUUGAUUCUGUGUUCACAUUAAAAUGGCUUCUUUAAUUGGUCUCGUCAGUGUGAAACAGUCAGGCAGAUUUUGUGUUCUGAGCAGCAAUCUGAAGAGUUUCUGAGAAAUCAGAUCUUCUUCUGUCAGUUUGGCUCACAGCUCUGAACACUACAGUUCCCAUGAGCCUCAGCUGCUGUUGCUAUGGGGAAGCCAAUCAGAUGUGUGAAUCAAAGUAGCGGCAAAUUCAAAACACUGUUGUUUAUUUCAUGAACAAAAGUCAGUAACUGAUGGUUCUGAUGAUGCAGUUUAACCUGAAGAGCUGCUGUCAGCUGGACUCACAGAACUGGACCUGACCAGCAUCGCCUCAGUCUGCCACGGGUUCUCAGGCAGCUUCCUGCCUCGCUGCUCUGUGGCUGUGAGAUCACACCCCACCUGACUGACAUUUUAAUAAAAACACAUUGUUUUUAAGACAUGAAACGUGCCAGAAUUCAGAAUAUCAUCUGUAACAAUAAGUCCGACUGCUGCCUUAAAGUCCGUAUGUAGCAUCUGAUUUUAGCUCCUUCACAGGUUGAACGACUUCCUGUCAGCCCUCAGAGGAUUCUGUUUCUACGUGUCUCUGUGAAGUGCAUUUUCUGUGCCAAAUCUGUGAGAUGUGUUUGUGCGAGGAGUCUUUGUUUGGAUCGGCAGGUCAGAACUGAGCAGAGCUGUUCAGAGAUCAGCUGAGCUCAAAUGCUCUGACACUGAACACGGAGGAGGAAGGAAACACACUGUGCUGUUUGGACGUCACGCUGGAAUUUUAACUCAUAUUGUUGCUUUGGCUGUAAACUCACUAAUAAACACAUUUUCACCUC